UCAUAUAUAUCAACGUGAUGAGUGGCCGCUUGAGUGUGAUUUGUGCCAGGAGCAAACCUUUGCACCUGUUGCUCUUGCUCUGCGCUGUGCUGGCCAGCGGCAGCGUUGCCCAAGCAGCCUUACGCCUGCGUCAUUCCAGCCGCCUGGUCAGCACCACGCCCACCACCGUGGCUACCACCAGCAGCAGCAGCAGCAGCGGCAGCAGCAGCAGCACCAGCAGUUCGACAGCUGAGGCUGAUACCACGGAACAGCAGCUCGAGGUGUCGGCAUCUGUGGCCGAGGAGCAGUCCUCACAGCCAGCCAAGCACAAGCGUGGCAUACUCCAUGGCGCAUCCGGCCAUUGGCCAGGACGUACCUAUGCGGCGCAGUAUGGCUAUAGCCUGCAGUUGCCAGCAGCGGCUACUUUCCUAGCUGCAGCACCAGCUCAUCGCCAUCAUGGCUUCAUCAAGUAUCCCACUGGCUAUCAUAUCAAGCAAUUUGCCAAUGCUGCCGCUGGUUUCCUGCCCGCUGCCACAUCGGUGACGGCGGUGCCUGCCCUGCCCGCUGUGCCCGCCCUGCCUGCUGUUGGCAGCAUUGGCUCUGCUGUGGGUGGCAUUGCCCCUGCUGUGGGUGGCAUUGCCACUGCUGUUGCAGCUGGACCCUCGUAUGUGCUGCGUCCGGGCAAUGCUGUUGUCUCCUCCUACAGCGUCAACUAUCCGCAUCAGCAUUUGCAUAGACCCUUGAAGCCGAUCCACUAUCAUCAUGCCGUCCAGCCUUCUUAUGUACAGACUGUCGCGCCUGUGCCUGCUGCUCCCGCGUUGCCCAUUCAGCCUGUUCAGCCCAUACAGCCCAUACAACCCGUUCAACCCGUUCAACCCGUUCAGCCCGUUCAUCCUGGCAUUAGCUUUUCCACGGCUGAGUUUCCAGUAGUGCCGCAGUUUUCAGCUCCAGCUGUGCCCACAUUUGCUGUGCAGCCAGCUGUUCCAGCUGUUCCCGCUGUACCCGCUGUUCCAGCUUUUCCCGCUGUUCCAGCUGCUCCUACAACCCCAGAAGUUCCAGUGAUACCACAAGCUCCACAAGUUCCACAAGUUCCACAAAUUCCACAAAUACCACAAUUCCCACAGUUCCCAACGUUCCCACAGUUCGGCGUGCCACAGUUCCCCUUCCCGCAGGUACCACAAUUUCCACAGGCGCCUAGCGUACCCGUUGCUCCCGCUGCUCCCACUGUUCCCGCCACUCCAACCGCGCCCGCUGUACCCGCUAUUCCCACUGUUCCGGCCAUACCAACUGUGCCCGCGUUUCCCGCUGCGCCCGGCAUUCCGCCCAACAGCCAAUUCUUCCCGGCAAACGUGCAGCCGCCGCUGCCACAGCAGCCGCCCAGCUUCGGUCAGCCGGAGGCGCAGUUCCCGGGUGGCAUAGUGCCGCUGCCUGGAUCGACGCCGGUGCAGCCGGACACUGGCACCGCCAUUGCCUCGCCGCAAAUACCCAGCACACCGGAAUCGGAACAGCCCGAGCAGCCGCUGCCCUCGCCACAGCCCACACAGCCGCAGCAGCCAUGGAGGCCGGUCUUCUAUCAGCCACCAGCCACGCCCGGCCGCCCAUCCAUAACCCUGUUGCCGCCCUACGGCAGCACGCCAGCUGAUGGCUACCUGCCGCCCGUUGGCACGCAAUCCGCACAGCUGACGUCCUCCAGCGCCGGCCAUGGCGCCCAGGAUAUCUUUGAUCAGCUGAGCAAUGCCGAAAUCGAACACAUCUUCGCCCAGGCGAAUCUCGCGCAUCACAACCACCAACAGCAGCAGCAGCAGCAGCAGCAGCAGCACAGCUAUCAGCACUACUAA